CAACUUGGAAGAAUGACAAGAAUAAUGUUUGGGAGAGUUAAUGAACAGUAGUCGAGAGAGAAGUCGUGGGUGGGGUACUGAGAGGCGACAUGGCUGACAGAAUGGCGCGGCGCAGGGUUAAGCUCUACGCGCUCAACGCUGAUCGCCAGUGGGACGACAGGGGCACAGGUCAUGUGACGUCCUCAUAUGUUGAACGGUUAAAAGGUAUGUCCCUCUUAGUACGAGCAGAGUCCGACGGCUCCCUGUUGUUAGAGUCCAGGAUUCAGGCGGACACAGCAUACCAGAAACAGCAAGGGACUCUGAUUGUGUGGUCAGAGGGCGAGAACUUUGACUUGGCGCUCAGUUUUCAAGAGAAGGCCGGCUGUGAUGAGAUCUGGGAAAAAAUAUGUCAGGUGCAAGGAAAGGACCCGAGCGUUGAUAUCACUCAAGAUAUCGUCGAGGAGAGCGAAGAUGAAAGAUUCGACGACGUCUCGGACUCGAACCCCUGGGUGGAAUUGCCGCCUUGUGAGAUUGGCAGACUGGAAGACAUCAACGAGGUUAUAAGCAACUGCCUCCACUCACCAGUACGGAGAGAAAAGCUGGCAAUAGCCCUGGAGAACGAAGGCUACGUCAAGAAACUGGUCUCCGUAUUCCACACCUGCGAGGAUCUGGAGAAUAUGGAAGGGCUGCAUCUCCUCUACGAAAUCUUCAAAAAUAUCUUCCUGCUCAACAAAAACGCCCUAUUUGAAAUCAUGUUCGCCGACGAUACAAUAUUCGACGUCGUUGGCUGCUUGGAGUACGACCCUUCCUCGCCGUACCCUAAGAGACAUCGCCAGUAUCUAAAAAGUAUAGCAAAGUUUAAGGAGGUAAUCCCCAUCGAGAAUAGUGAGUUACUGAGCAAGAUACACCAAACAUACCGUGUACAGUAUAUCCAAGAUGUGGUCCUUCCCACCCCAGCAGUGUUUGAGGAGAAUAUGCUCUCCACUCUCUCCUCAUUUAUAUUCUUCAACAAGGUGGAAAUUGUCUCUCUUAUACAGGAAGACGAACGAUUCCUGAGCGAGUUGUUCCACCAGCUGGGAGGCGAUGAAGACAUACCCACAGAGAAGCGGCGAGACUUGGUACUGUUCCUAAAGGAGUUCUGCACCUUCUCCCAAACCCUACAGCCCACCAGCAGAGAGGCGUUCUUUAAAACUCUGUCCAGCCUGGGGGUCUUGUCGGCGCUGGAGAUCACCCUCGGACUCGACGACGCGGUUAUCAAGUCGGCCUCCAUUGAUAUUCUCAGCUACAUCGUGGAGUUCUCCCCGUCGAUGGUUCGCGAGUACAUGGUGCAGCAACAACAUAAAACAGAAGAGGAGCAGUAUCUUUUAAACAUCAUCAUUGAGCAAAUGGUGGUGGACUCUGAUCCUGAGAUGGGGGGGGCGGUCCAGCUGAUGGGUAUACUGCGGAUACUGAUAGAUCCCGAGAACAUGAUGGCCACCGUCACCAAGUCGGAGAGGGCGGACUUCCUCGCGUUCUUUUAUAAACACUCGAUGCAUUACCUUGUGG